AUGGCUCCCGCCGGCGACCGGGCCGGCUACUGGGGGCCGCCGACCUCUACCCUCGACUGGUGCGAGGAGAAUUACGCCGCCUCCUAUUACAUCGCCGAGUUUUGGAACACCAUUAGCAACCUGAUUUUCAUUCUACCUCCAAUCUACGGUGCCAUUCAGAGUUAUAAAGAUGGCCUUGAAAAACGGUACAUCGCUGCUUAUGCUGGCCUCACGGCUGUGGGUUUGGGAUCGUGGUGCUUUCAUAUGACCCUGAAGUAUGAAAUGCAGCUGUUGGACGAGCUGCCCAUGAUAUACGGUUGUUGCAUGUUUCUCUACUGCCUGUACGAGUGUUUCAAGUACAAGAACACCGUCAAUUAUCCGCUGCUAUUUCUACUAGCGGCCUACAGCAUCGGCGUCACCAUAGUUUACCUUAAUUGGAAACAGCCACUGUUUCAUCAGAUCAUGUACGGGAUGUUGGUGAUGGUGAUAGUGCUGCGAUCUGUAUAUAUAGUGUUGUGGGUAUACCCCUGGCUCAGGGGUUUGGGCUAUACGUCCCUGACCUUAUUUUUAGUCGGAUUUUUUUUUUGGAACGUAGACAACAUUUUCUGCGACAGACUGAGAGGGUUGCGCAAUCGGCUGCCUCCGGGGGUGGGCGUCCUGACGCAGUUCCAUGCGCUGUGGCACAUCUUGACAGGCCUCGGCUCCUACCUUCAUAUCUUGUUCAGCUUGUACUCAAGGACACUUUACCUGAAGUACCGGCCGAAGGUGAAGUUUGUCCUCGGAAUUUGGCCCGUCCUUUUAGUGGAAUUGCCCAAGAAGCAAUGA